UUUCCAGUUUAUUUCGGGUGGUUGUUGCUCUUCACGGUGAUCGUGUUGAUCGGUACUGGGUGGUCUUUCUUGAAGCCCUUCCUACAGGAGAAGGAGAAGAAGGUGUUGAUGAUUGUGAUCCCUCUUCAGGUUUUGGCCAACGUUGCCUCCAUAGUGAUCGGGGAGACUGGACCCUUCAUUAAGGACUGGGUGACUUGGAAUCAGGUGUUCUUACUUGUUGAUAUCAUCUGUUGUUGCGCCAUUAUUUUCCCCAUUGUAUGGUCGAUUCGGUCCUUGAGGGAGACUUCCAAGACUGACGGAAAGGCAGCCAGGAACUUGGCUAAGUUGACUCUGUUUAGGCAGUUUUACAUUGUGGUAAUUGGGUAUUUGUAUUUUACAAGAAUUGUGGUCUUUGCACUGAAGACUAUUGCUGCUUACAAGUACCAGUGGGUGAGCACUGCUGCAGAGGAAACUGCCAGUCUCGUCUUUUAUGUGGUAAUGUUUUAUAUGUUUAGGCCAGUCGAGAGAAAUGAGUACUUUGUACUUGAUGAGGAGGAAGAGGAGGCUGCUGAAUUGGCUCUUAGAGACGAGGAGUUUGAGCUCUGAAAUUAGAGCUCUGGAUCUUUGUUGAUACUCCUUGUUGAGAGAUUUUAACUGUUGCUAAGGUGACACUGUCGAUACGGAAUGAGUUUGUUCGCUGAUAGAGAAUUUCUGGGUCAGGUCUGCUACUUCAGAUGCAGCUCCAGCUUUAUUUUGUUUUAAUUUAUUUUCCUGCAACAAGAACUUAAAUACUUUUUAGAUAGCCAGUAUAUUUCUGUUCAAUGGUAUCUUUCUAAAAUUUGUCGGAGCUCAUAUCCCUUUGAGCAAUAGAAUUGGUUAAGUUGCUUAGAGUAAGGUUCUUACCAAUUUCCUUUUGCUGUGUGGCUGUGUUAAGACUCAAUUACAUGUUACAGGUUUUAUUAUAACACGACGUAUCUCUUCAUUAUUCUGAAAA